CCUCCUCCACGCGAGCAGAGUGACGAGUCUGCUGAUAUCAAUUGUGUCAUUUGUGUGUGAUAAAAAUGCCGAAAAUGGCCUCAAAUUUUAUUCUAAUUAUCAGUUUUAUUUUUAGUAUUCACAUUUCUUCAUCAUGCUCUGCUCAAGCCAACAACAGUAAGACUCUUGUCUUGCUGGAUACUCUUUCAAUCCGAGAAACUCACUCAAUAUUCUUCAAGUCUCUCAAAGACAGAGGAUAUUCAUUGACAUUCAAAUCUGCUGAUGAUCAAAAUUUAGUCUUGUCAAAAUAUGGAGAGUUUUUGUAUCAAAAUCUCAUCAUAUUCUCUCCUACAGUUGAAGAAUUUGGUGGAUUAUUGAGUGUUGAAACAAUCACAGAAUUUAUUGAUAAUGGAGGCAAUGUGCUGGUGGCCGGCAGCUCAUCAACUGGUGAUCUUCUAAGAGAACUAGCCUCUGAAUGUGGAUUUGAAAUUGAUGAAGAAGGCUCCGCUGUGAUAGACCAUCUUAAUUAUGACAUUCAAGAUUCCGGAAAGCAUUCUUUGAUUGUUGCUGAUCCUAAGAACUUAAUUGACUCUCCUGUAAUCAUUGGAUCUCGUGAUAUUCCUCCACUUCUGUACGAAGGUACUGGCUUAAUUGCUGACUCUGAGAACCCUUUGAUUCUCCAUCUUCUCACUGCUGAAAGCACUGCAUACUGUCACAAUCCCUCCCAGCCUAUCAAAGACUAUCCUCAUGCUAUUGGAAAGAAUACUUUAUUGAUUGCUGCCUUGCAAGCAAGAAACAAUGCUAGAGUUGUCUUCUCUGGAUCUCUAUAUUUCUUCUCUGAUGAAGCAUUCACUUCACCCGUUCAGAAAGCUCAAAGCAAGCAGCGCCAUGAGGUAUCUGGAAAUGCUCAAGUUGCUGAAGCGAUAAGCAAAUGGGUCUUCGCUGAGUCCGGUGUUCUGCGAGUCAAGUCAGUCUCUCAUCAUAAAUUGGGGGAGACUGCUCCUCCGCCAGCUUAUACUAUCAUGGACACAGCGGUAUUCACUUUGGAGUUAGAGAGGAAAAGUGGAGACAAAUGGGUGCCGCACAAUGCCAAAGAUGUUCAGCUGGAGUUUGUCCGCAUUGAUCCCUUCAUCAGGACAUCUCUGCCUCUCAAAUCGGACGGAAAGUACGAAGUUGUUUUCAAGAUACCUGACAUUUAUGGAGUUUUCCAAUUCAAGGUGAACUAUGUUCGGGUGGGCUACACUUUCAUUCACAAUUCAACACUUGUCUCUGUCCGUCCCUUAGAACAUACACAAUACGAGCGCUUCAUUCCAAGUGCCUACCCCUAUUACACAUCAGCAUUUUCCAUGAUGGUCGGUGUGUUCCUCUUUAGCAUUGUUUUUUUGCAUCAUAAAGAUGAAGUCAAAUCCAAAAAAGAGUAGUCUAUUGGUCUCACAUAUAUUUGUAUAUUUUUGAAAUGCAACCACUUUUGUUAAGUUUGUAAAUUUUGUAAUUAUAAGUUUUCAAAGACAACAAA